ACUUCCCUUCUUCAACAUAAUCGUCUCUUAUCGUGUGAAAAGCCUUGGGAUUUCGCCAUUUGUAAUGGCCGCACUGACUGUAACUCCUUUUCUGCCUGCCAGCUUGGCAGCAAUUAUCCUGCAUGAUCGCAUCGGGCGCAAGGCAUUGGCUUUUACAAUAUUGCUCCUCAUAUGCAUUUGCAUGUUGGUAACGGGCGUCGUCCUCUCAUCCGCUGCUAAUCGCUCCCCCAGAGUACUGUUUACGUUUUAUGUGAUUGGGUUAGGUUUUAGCCAACUUGCAUUUUUUUCAAAUAUGCAGUACACCUUGGAGCUUAUUCCGACUUGUGUGCGUUGUCAGGCAUUGGGUGCUCUCUAUUCCAUAAGCUAUUCGUUUUUAAUAUGCAAGGGUUGCAUUUUGAACAUGCGUAACAUUUUUUUCCCGCUGCCGGAAAUCAUUCUGGGCGUGCUCAUUUUGCUGUGUGCCGGAUUGUUCUUGCUGCUGCCGGAGACACUGAAUCGCACGCUGCCCUGUUCACUGGAGGAUGGCGAGAAGCUUGGCAUUGACGAGCAUUGGUACACAUUUAGCUGCAUGGAGAAGCGCAAGCAGCCGGAAGAGCUUGAUAGCUCGUUGGCACCGCGAAAUGGGAUAUAAGAAGUGUUUCACCCAUUUUCCUCAUGGAAAAUUCAAUUCAACGCACUAUUUUGAACUCCACGUCUCAAGUUAUGUAGAUACAAAAUUACAAAUUUUACUGGUGUAUAAGUUAAUGCUAGAAAUAAUCAUUUUGCCCUCGUUUUCUAUUGAAGAGAAGUAAAGUUCAGAAAACUUUGAAGUCUGUCGGACGAAGAGUUCGAUUUAUACAGACAUUAUUCAAAUAGAAAUCGGUUUCAAGUUUCAAGAUACCUUUAAAACCGAGGCUCGGCUAUAUAUCUACAUAAGAUACAGUCGACUUUAGAUUAUUGUUUAUAGAAUUCUAUUUUUAUUCAACUAUCGUAUAACAAUAUUAGCGUAAAAGAGCCACUCACUUUAUAGCAAUAAACUUAACUUGCUGCCCCCAUGCCCCAAAUAUUCUUUUUUAUCGUAUAGAUGGCCAUUAUAUGUGUAUAUAUAUACAUAUUUAUAUAUUUGAUAUUAUAUUACCAUCAUUUUUUGUCAGUAUCUCGUUCCAUUUCCAAAAUAAUGGAUACAAAUUGAUAUUGAGACUUGGUUUUCUAAGUAAAAUUCGUGAGCUAGAGGACCUAGGCACACCAAAUUUGGUAUUUGGAAUAUUUAAUUUUUGAUAUUCCCCCAUUCCCCCACAUAUUGAAAAUAAUUAAUUUUUAAUGUUUGAGCCUUUUGAUUUGGUUUAUACAUACAUUUAAACGCCAUGUUU